GCAAAACACUCUGCCAGACCUGGAUAAGAAGCGCUUUUGCAUUAACAGCGCCUCAAACGAGUGUACAGCGUAGUUGGCUACAAGGCGAUCAAUCCUCAAUACAAAGCAGAACAGCAACACCGACAAAGCAUCAACAGCAGCAUCUGCUUCGUGGCAUGGCAACGGGUAGCGAAACAAAGGCGCCGCCGCCAAAGCCUAGCAACCGAUUGGCAACCUCCAAGUCGCCAUAUUUACUGCAGCAUGCGAACAAUCCCGUUGACUGGUAUCCCUGGUGCGAGGAGGCCUUUGAGCGAGCGCGCAGCGAGAAUAAGUUAAUAUUUUUAUCUGUUGGUUACUCGACAUGCCACUGGUGUCAUGUCAUGGAGCACGAAUCCUUUGAGGAUGCCGACACGGCGGCCGUAAUGAACAAACAUUUCGUGAACAUUAAAGUGGAUCGCGAGGAGCGACCAGACAUUGACAAGGUCUACAUGCAGUUUCUGCUCAUGUCGAAGGGCAGCGGUGGCUGGCCAAUGAGCGUCUGGUUAACGCCCGAACUGGCUCCCCUCGCAGCGGGCACAUAUUUCCCGCCCAAGGCGCGGUAUGGCAUGCCCUCGUUCACCAUGGUGUUGGAGUCCAUAGCCAAGAAGUGGCAAACGGAUCGUGCAGCACUCCAGAAUGCGGGCUCCAUACUGAUGGACGCAUUGAAAGCCAAUCAGAAUGCUUCUGCAGUGGGCGAGGCCGCCUUUGAGCCGGGCAGCGCCGAUGCCAAACUGGCAGAGGCACUAAAUGUGCACAAGCAGCGCUUUGACCAGCAGCACGGUGGCUUUGGGCGGGAGCCCAAGUUCCCGGAAGUGUCACGGCUCAAUUUCCUGUUUCACGCCUAUCUGGUUAGCAAGGAUGUAGACGUGCUGGACAUGGUGCUGCAGACACUGGAUCACAUUGGACGUGGCGGUAUCAAUGAUCACAUCUUUGGCGGCUUUGCGCGCUACGCAACCACACGGGACUGGCAUAAUGUCCAUUUUGAGAAGAUGCUGUACGAUCAGGGUCAGCUGAUGGCCGCCUUUGCAAAUGCCUACAAGCUGACGCGCAGCGAGGAGUUCCUUGGCUAUGCGGAUCGAAUCUACGAGUACUUGCUCAAGGAUUUGCGUCAUCCGGCGGGCGGCUUUUUUGCCGGUGAAGAUGCAGACUCGCUGCCUACGCAUAAGGACACCGUGAAGGUGGAGGGUGCCUUUUAUGCCUGGACCUGGCAGGAAGUGCAGGAUGCGUUCAGAGCGCAAAAGACACACUUCAACGAUGUCAGUCCGGAUCGCGCCUUUGAUAUUUAUAGUUUUCACUAUGACAUGAAGCCAGGCGGCAAUGUGCCGCCCGACAGUGAUCCACAUGGGCAUCUCACCGGCAAGAAUGUGCUCAUCGUGCGCGGCUCCGAAGAGGAUACGUGCUCCAAUUUCAACGUGGAAUUGGAUCAACUCAAGCCACUGUUGCGCACGGCCAAUGACAUAUUGCAUGCAGUGCGGGAUAAGCGUCCACGGCCCCACCUGGACACAAAGAUCAUAUGCAGCUGGAAUGGCUUAGUGCUGUCCGGUCUCGCCAAGCUGGCCAAUUGCGGCACCGGCAAGCGCAAUGCGUAUCUGAAAACAGCCAAGGAACUAGUGCAAUUUCUACGCACGCAUCUCUACGAUGAGGAGCAGCAGGUGCUGCUCCGCUCUUGCUAUGGCGCUGGCGUCCAGGAUAACACAUUGGAGCAAAAUGCAGUGCGCAUCGAGGGCUUUCUGGAUGACUAUGCGUUUCUGAUCAAGGGACUGCUGGACUAUUACAAGGCAUCGCUGGAUAUGGGCGCUCUGCGGUGGGCCAAGGAGCUGCAGGGGACGCAGGACAAACUCUUCUGGGACGAGAAAAAUGGCGCCUAUUUCUACUCACAGCAGGAUGCGCCCAAUGUUAUUGUCCGGCUUAAGGAAGAUCAUGAUGGCGCCGAGCCCUGCGGCAACAGUGUCACCGCACGCAAUCUCACCCUACUGACGCACUAUUACGACGAUGAUGCGUAUUUGAAACGGACCGAUAAACUUCUCAAUUAUUUUGCCGAUGUCUCGCCAUUUGGGCAUGCGCUGCCCGAGAUGCUGUCAGCGCUGAUGCUGCACGAGCACGGCCUGGACCUGGUGGCAGUGGUCGGCCCGGAUUCGCCAGAUACCGCACGCUUUGUCGAGAUUUGUCGCAAGUUCUAUGUACCUGGCAUGAUCAUCGUCCAUUGCGAUCCGCAGCAUCCAGACGAGGCGUGCAAUCAGCGACUGCAGACCAAAUUUAAGAUGGUCAAUGGAAAGACAACCGUUUAUAUUUGCCAUGAUCGUGUCUGUCGCAUGCCGGUGACUGAUCCCGCGCAGCUCGAAGAGAAUUUGAUGGCCAACUUCUUCAAGGAGCGCAUCUAAGCUUGACAUUACUCGAAUUACCACCUAGAAUUAUAUUACUGUUAUUAUUAUUACUAUUAACAAUGUUGUUGUUAAGCUUCUAAA